UACAGGGUGGGGCAAUAUCUCUGUCCAGUUAGAAUAUUGUUGUUGUUUAUAACAAUAUGAAAAAUUUUAUAUAUGCAACUUACACGACAUGAUGAGGGGCAUUUUUUGGCUUGAACGUUUUUAGCAUGGGUGGAAGCAUAGAGGAGAUCUUAAGGUUAUCUGCAUUUUUUAAAAUGAAUAUUAUAUUUUUUUUUAAUGGGAUGUGAUGGCAAAUAUUGAGACUAAUUCAACGAGCUAUUAUUCAAGGCCAUGCGAGAUCAAAUGUGGUAGAAAAUAAAGUUUCUUACAUUACAGAAGAUGUUCGAAGUGGUGAUCGUUAACACCAAUGCAAAGCUGUAAUCUUUGUAUUGCUGCAUCGCGUACAUGUCUUAUCAUUUCUAAACUUAUGCUAUUACAUGUUGCAACUAUUUUUUCUUUCAUGUUUUCUGGUGUAAUGGGUCCUUCUUGGUAAACCGUAUUUUUCAAUGCUCCCCACAGAAAAAAAUCUAGUGGGGUUAAAUCGGAAGAGCAAGCUGGCCAAGAAACUACUCCUCCACGUCCUAUCUAUUUAUUUGGGUAAAGUUAAUUCAGUUCAUCUCUUACACUCUGCGCAUAAUGUGCUGGACAUCCGUCGUGCUGUAACCACAUCAUUUGGCCAAUGUUUAGUGGUACAUUUUCUAAUAAAGUCCCCAAUUGAUAGUAGCAACAUUUAAUAGCAUAAGUUUAGAAAUGAUAAGACAUGUACGCGAUGCAGCAAUACGAAGAUAACAAUUUUGCAUUGGCUUUAACGGUCACCACUUCGAACAUCUUCUGUAAUGUAAGAAACUUUAUUUUCUACCAUAUUUGAUCUCGCAUGACCUUGAAUAAUAGCUCGUUGAAUUCGUCUCAACAUUUUCCAUCAUAUCCCAUUAAAAAAAAAUAUAAUAUUCAUUUAAAAAAAUGCAGGUGACCUUGAAAUCUCUUCUAUGCCUCCACCCACGCAAAAAAUGUUCAAGCCAAAAAAUGCCCCUCAUUAUGCCGUGUAAGUUGCGCUUAUAACAUUUUUCAUAUUGUUAAAAACAACGACAAUAUUCUAAUUGGACAGAGAUAUUGCCCCACACUAUAUAUAUAUAUAUAUAGAUGUUUAAAAAGAAUGUUUUGACAAGUUUGAAAAAGGAGCUCUUCAAAAUUUAAAAAGGUGUGUAGGAGUAAAAGAAGAAUCCCUAAAAGAGCAAUCAACACCAUCUGUUACCAUCUGUAUUGUGCUUUGAAAAGCUGUAUUUCAUUUAUCAAAGAUUCCUGAAAGUCCCUUUCUUCUUUAUCCCAUGUUCUUUUUACAUGAUUAUUAUUAUUCUUGCUUUUACAACCAUAAAUACAAGCUCGGCACACGCCAGUCCGAAAUUGAUGUGUGUUGCGUAGAACUCUGUUGUCUUGGGUUAUCUUUUAGAGAAAAUAAGUCCACAACACAACCCUUAGCCACUUGUCAUAUUACCAAUCCCAAUUUACUAGGUUGAUUUUGUUUUGAAGUUUUACAUAUGUGAUCUGUUUUCUCAUUGGUGAGUUGAAUUUGAAUUAUUUCUGUUGACAUUUUCAUUUACUUAGUUCAAUUAGGUCAAUUUUCAAAACAAACAUUUCUUCUUCUAUUUCUUCUUCUUCUUCUUCUCAUUCGUAUCGUUCUUGACAGAACGGUUGUAGUCUUCAUGAAAGUUUAGUGAUGUGUGCUGAUAUUGCUCGUCUCACGAUUUGUCGCCAUCUUUCUUUAUUGGUGAAAUUUGUAUCGGUCAGUAUCAAGAGAAGUUCAUUACCAUAUGCUGAAUUAAAUGAUUGGCAAGGAUGUGCACAAUUUGUAUCCGAUUAUAUUGUUUAUGAGCCACAUAACAACGACAAUGAUCUCGUAUUGCCAACAACGUUACGCUCUCCAACCUGGCUGAUUAAUUUUCGUAGAGGUAACAGUUUUGAGUGUGCAACAUUUUUAACAAGUCUUCUACUAGGACAAGGAUACAAUGCAUUUGUUGUUUUUGGCUAUGCAUCUCGGGAACAAGUUCAAUGCGACAGAACUAGAAUUACCUAUCCAUAUUUACCAGAAGAGGAACCAAAGAUAAUAGAAGAAGAACAUGCUGUUAAUUUAACAUAUAAACUCAAACCACCUGCAGACUUUAGAAGCAAAUUUUUAUUAAAAUUGGAUGCUAGAGAAAAAUUAAAACUUGAAACUGAAAUUAAAGAACAAGAAGAGAAACAAGCUAGAAUUAUAAUGGAAUUAGAAAAACCACAACCAGAUAAAUAUCAUGGACACAGAGUUCACGCUUGGGUUGUUGUUCUACCUGCCAUUAAUGAUACAAAAGGAAAACAAAUUAAGAAUCCAUUCUUUAUCGAAUCCUCAACCGGAGAAAUGUAUGACCUAAAUGAUCCUCAAACUGAUCUUUUGUACCUUGGUGUGGAAAGUAUUUGGAAUGAUGAAAAUUAUUGGAUCAAUAUGCAAGAUGAUACAAUUGGUUGCAACAAAAUUAAUUGGAAUUUAACUUCUACCAAAUUAUGGGAACAUCUACUUCCUGGUGAACCAUGGACCAUGCGUGGCAUAGAAGAUGAGUUAAUGGAAGAAAAUAUUCAAAUAGAACAAGAGAAACAUUUGGAUAUGCCUGCUUCUUAUGUUAAUGAAAUAUUUAUAAAUAGUUUAGAUUAUGAAAGACGAUAUCCACAAGGUCACAAAACAAAAUUUUAUAAAAAAGUAAAAGUUGAUUUGUAUUUACCCUACGUUCAAUUGGAUGGAUUGAUAGAAAAAUUAACAAUAUACGAUGAUUACGAAUAUACAGUUCCAAUUGAAAUUUAUGAAAAGUAUGCUAACAGAAAUGAUCAUUUAGUACGUUCACAAAGAAACUUAAAUACUAAUUAUGUUACUGAUUUUUAUAAAAGAGGUCGAGCAGAUGCAUGCAAGGAACAUCGUUAUUAUACGAACUACGAGAAUUCAUCGAUGUACAAUAAAAGAAUGUUACAUUUCUAUGACUUUGUAAGAUUAGAUGGAUUAUUAGAAAUUGAUAUACAUCCUUUACGUUUAAUACAAUAUUAUUCCGAUCGUGAUGAUUUAUUAUAUUACAGGAAUGUAGAAUUCUCACCUGAUGAAGGUAAUCCUGUAUUAGAUGGAAUACAUUAUCGUCACAUUCAAAGAAUAACUGAAAAAUAUCGUAGAAACAAACAAUUACCAGCAUCAAGAGAUAUCGCUGUAAAAGAAUUCUUUUUAACAGAAAAAGAAAUACAUUUAAAGUUUCAUUAUGAAGAUGAUAGAAUUACUAGAGGUAUACGUGUUUAUAAAAAACCAGAACCAGGAGAAAAUCUAAACGUUCAUACUGCUGUUAUUCAAGAAUACAAUCCAGAUGCUGUGGCAGUACCUGAACAAAAUUUAUAUUUAUUCAAAGAAUUGGAAAGAUUAUUAAAAGAAGAAGAUCAAUGUGUGUCUAAUGUCAGAAAUGCAGAAACUGAAAUAAUAUCGUUUAUCAAAACACGAACAAAUGAAUAUUUACAUCCACAAUUAAUUAUUUCAUCAUUUGAUAAAAAUCGAAUUGAAGAAACAGGAAGAUCUAUAAAGGAUACAAUAUCGAUAUCUCAUAGUUUAGGAGAUAUUACAGAACCUGUCGAUCAUUUUGCACCAUAUUUGGCACAAAUAGGAAAUCCCAAACAUAUAAGCAAAGCACAAGCUUAUUUAUUACGAGAGGAUUGUUUGAAUGAUUUUAAAGAUUCCCAAGUGAAUAAAGCUAAUGUUAUUUUACGUAAAUCCGAGGAGCUUACAGAAGAGAUGAAAAAAUUGCAAGCAUUGUUAACGCAGAACGAAGAUUUAACACGGGAGGAAGAGGAUGAACUUUUAGCAAAAACCAAUGAAAUUAAUUUUAAUCUACACUUGUUGGAUAUGAAGUUGGAUCGUCAUAAGAACUUAGUUCCUUUACGAUACAAAAUGUUGGUUGAAUUUUUACAACAAGAUGAACGUCUUCAUCUUCUUAAUGAGUAAUAAUAAUGGUGUAUCACUCG